UGACCCUGAACUUCCAUAGUAAUAGACUCUGUUGGAAAUGACUAUAAGAAGAGAGCCAACCAGAUUAUCUUUCCAUAUUCUUGCAGUCUCCUAAUCCUUGUUUCUCUUUUGGAAGAUUGGCAAGAUUAGAUUUUUAUAUCCACAUUCAUUCUUUGUCUUUCACCUGCUACCCCUUCCCAUCCUCUUUAUCUUCACCUGUGAGAUUCUUUACUUAUAAUGUGUGGCUUCAAGGUGCAACAUUGCCUACUUGACUUGUGUACCACCCUUCGUCUAAUUAGCAUACCCGAGAAGAGAUGGCACCGUGCUUUCAUUGCCAUCUGUUCUUCCCGCAUCUUGGUCACUCUUGCCAAAGAUGCUCUGGAUAAGAAGAAGGAUAAGCUAUUUGCUUCCUUUUCUCGCUCACCAUCUUACACCAUCAUUGACAUCCAAUCCAAUAUUGGUGAUGGAACUUCACUCUGCUUCAAUUCUGAUCAUAAGGCCCUCAUCGAAAUCAUAAAGGAGAAGAACCCAGAUCGUCUGAGACAACUUGGAGGAGUCGAAGCAGUUGUUGCAUCCCUUCAAACUGAUGUGGAGAAUGGAAUUUGUGGUGAUGCUGAAGAUGUUGCAUCUCGUCGCAAUUACUUUGGAUCAAACAGCUACCCAAAACAACCUCCAAAGAGCCUAUUCCAUUUCGUGUUGGAGGCUAUCAAGGACACAACAAUUCUCAUUCUCUUGGGCUGUGCCAUUCUGUCUCUUGGGUUUGGCAUCAGAGAAAAUGGAUGGAAAGAUGGAUGGUAUGAUGGUGGUAGUAUAUUUGUUGCUGUCUUUAUAGUUAUUGCUGUCUCUGCCUUCAGUAACUUCAGGCAAUCAAGACAAUUCGAGAAGCUGUCAAGGAUUAGCGAUGACAUCCAAAUCGAAGUCAUUAGGAGUGGACGGCGCACACAGAUUUCCAUCUUUGACAUUGUUGUAGGUGACAUUGUGUGUCUCAAAAUUGGUGAUCAGAUUCCAGCAGACGGCCUCUUCUUAGAUGGCCAUUCAUUACAAGUUGAUGAGUCUAGCAUGACUGGGGAGAGUGACCAUGUUGAAGUUGAUGGCGCCAGAAAUCCAUUCCUCAUCUCUGGUGCCAAGGUGGCUGAUGGGUAUGGACGCAUGCUGGUUACCUCUGUUGGCAUGAACACAGCAUGGGGUGAGAUGAUGAGCUCUAUAAACCGUGAUUCUAAUGAGCGAACACCAUUACAAGAGCGGCUUGACAAAUUAACCUUGGCAAUAGGGAAGGUUGGUUUGGUAGUUGCAUUCCUUGUUCUUGUAGUGUUGUUGGUCCGUUAUUUCACGGGGAAUACAGUAGAUGAUUAUGGAAAUCGAGAGUUCAAUGGCAGCAAGACAAAGAUCAAUGCUGUGUUGAAUGCUGUGGUUCGAAUUAUUGCUGAUGCCAUCACCAUCGUGGUGGUGGCAAUUCCAGAAGGAUUGCCACUGGCUGUGACACUCACUCUUUCUUAUUCCAUGAAAAGAAUGAUGGCAGAUCAGGCAAUGGUCAGAAAACUCAUGGCCUGCGAAACAAUGGGCUCGGCCACCACCAUCUGCACCGAUAAAACAGGCACUCUCACGAUUAAUCAAAUGAAGGUGACUGAGUUUUGGCUUGGUCUAGAUGCCAUAAAAGAUUAUGCUUCCCCAACAAUUUCUUCAGUUAUUCUUGAGUUGCUCCACCAGGGAGCUGGUUUGAACUCAACUGGAGCCAUUUAUAAACCCCAUUCAGGAGCAGUGCCUGAGUUCUCUGGUAGCCCAACUGAGAAAGCCAUCCUAUCUUGGGCUGCGCUAGAAUUGAAUAUGGAGAUUGAUGCGCUGAACAAGACUUGUACAAUUAUCAAGGUGGAAGCUUUCAAUUCAGAAAAGAAGCGCAGUGGUCUUUUGCUGAGGAAGAAUGGUGAGAAAAUGAUCCAUAUACAUUGGAAAGGGGCUGCUGAGAUGAUACUAGCAAUGUGUUCCAGCUACUACGACAGAAAUGGUAGCUGGACAUUCAUGGGCGAAAGCGAAAGGAAGAACUUGGAACAGAAUAUUCAAAGUAUGGCAGCUAACAGCCUUCGAUGCAUUGCUUUUGCUCACAAAGAGAUCACUGAAGAAGAGUUGGAGUACAGAGAAGAUGGAAAGAUUCAUCAAAAGCCAAGUGAAGAGGGUUUAACCUUGUUGGGGUUAGUGGGUCUAAAGGACCCAUGCAUCAGAGUCCCUGUCAGGUUCGAAGGAUGUCCUCGGACUCGUCUUCCACAUCCACAUCUUCGGAUGUCCUCAUCCUCUACCGCCAGUGACAUGAGUGGUGGAGGUAUUAGGGAGGGGCUUCUCGACUCCAGGGUCCAGGAAAACGAGUCCCUGGAGGCUCAGAACCAAGUUGUUCAGCUGACUAUCUGGGCCGAAGCUCUAGCUAGGGACCUCAAGGUGUCUGAGCGUGAAAAGUCGGCACUCGACAAGGAGCGCACAGUCCUCCUUGAGAAAGUGGAACAUCUGGAGGCUAACCUCCUCCAUGCACAGCAGGAGAGCGAUCGGAAGCUUAAAGAACUGGAGGCACAGAUGGUCGCGAAGCUAAGAGAGGUCGAAGUUCGAACUGUCGAGAGCUACAAGUCCUCUGAUGACUUUCGGGAGGUGCUAAAGCUCGCGAUCACCCCCGGAUUCAUCAUGGGCAGCACCGAUGUUCGAGACUGGAUCCUCGGACAUCAUCCCGAGGUAUCCUUCGAGGGGAGUGGCCUCAUCUUUGAGGAGGACACUGAUGCAACUCCUGCUGCCACCGAGGUCGCAGAUGGUGAGGAUAGCGGCAGUGAGGGAGAGGGGGUCCAGGUUUCUCGUGAGGUCCCUCUUACUCCUGGGAGAGGAGACUCCGAUGUAGACACUGUAGACCAUACCGGGGAUGAGGCCAUCCCUCUCGCAGAUGCUCCAUGA